ACCGGGGAAGAGAUUUGGUAUAGAUGUUCAUCUUGACUGCAGUGCUUUCGAACAGUCUAGUGAUGUAAAGUGGAGAUAAUCAUAAGCACCGCAUGGACCUAUCUAUGUCGUGCGGAAUUAUUAAAAAUUAUGCUGUUUCUGAUUUUUAUGGUCUCUUUUACAGAAGACAAGCCGAACGGCACGUUACUCGUCUGAUCAAUUUUGGUAUUGCAAAUGUCGAGUCGGCUGGAUUUUGGACGAGUAGCUGUCACCAGCCAAGUUUAAUUCGCGUUCCCUAACAUGUACAAUAUUUUACUCGACUUGUCGGUGACUGCGGGCGAGGCGAGUUUCUCGCCUCGUCUUCGGUAAUAGGGGCCUAUAUACUCCAAUCUGGAAAAGAGAUGCUAUUUCCAGUUGAAAGUAAUGUUCACUUUUAAAACUUGAUAAAUUGUGACUUCAUGGACUGGUUUUCUGAUGAUAGAAAAUAUCAGGUUUGCAAACAUGGUGAUUCUUGUCAACGUGAAAGCAAAUGUAAAAGUAAUUAGCAGGCAAGCAGAAUUUGAGGUAGCUAUGGAUGAAAAAUAUGUGUUCAAGUACUUAGUAUUUGUCAAUAUAUGUCCUUAGUUUUGGGCAUGGUAGCUCCCAAAAAUAACAACAUAAGUUAUUAGAUGGAAAUUCGCUUUUAUUCGCAAUCUGUAAAAUAUGAAUAUUACAGGAAUAAUAUGACUAUUUAAGGAAUAAUUCUAAAACAUCAGCCUAACAGCGACGUGAUUUAUUUUAGUUUUUUUUCUGAUAUACACUUCCGUCAUAUUGAUAUUUAACUAUUUAUAGUAGAGAUAAAUGGUUCUUUUGUUGUUUUCUUUUUUAAAUAAUUUGCUGCACAGUUUGGUUAUCUGAAAGAAAAAUGUACAUACGCAUCCACAUUUUAAAGACGCUUGAAAAAGCUGCUACGUUAAUCAAAUUCAUAUCAUCCAAUUCUGACAUGUGGUGGACUUGCCAGUUACUUAUCAUAAAAUCCAGACUUGGAAAGUAGUAAUCAUAUUAGUAAAAUCAUACGGCUCGUAAUAUUAAAUCAUUUGUUGAAAUUGCAUUGCAAGGAAAGAUUACACGCGGUGCUUUCCAUGCACUUGCUAAUACGUUUUGCGAACAAACUUUAAAAGGCAGGUAAGAACGACUGGUGGAUUAAUAACGAUGUGUCCGCCUAACAGAUGCUCGAAGCUUAUUGGACGGCUGUACAGAUUCCAUUCAAUCAAACCUAAUUAAACAAGGUAGCAUAACUUACUGACUAACACAUGAAACUACAGGUGACGAACGUUAUGAUGAGUUUUAAAAAUAAAAUGGAAGACUUAGCUUCAAAAGCUCUAGAAAUGUUUUGAUAUUAUUAAGAGGUAGUUUUUAUGAUGAGAAUUCGCAUUUAUAACAUCUGAUAAAGACAAACGUUUUAGUUUUGGAUUCAGUUUCUUUCGUGAGAGAUUGUUUUGCAGGUUUUUUUAACAGUGUAUGUUUUUUUUGUUCAGACAUAAUUAAAUGCAUGUUUGUGAAUCGAUUUUUGUAAUGUUAAUUUCCGGUUGUAAUAAUAGGUAAAUGGUAGUGUGGUGCCGUAAUUGUGUGUCCAAGCUGUUGUAGAAACACAGCGCUUCGGUUUUGUAUAUGCUACAUAGAUAGACUAUGGAGGGAGUGGUAAUGGAAUCAAAAUAUGUCAAAGGUGGCAUAAAGAUUUCGUUGAUCUAUAGAAUAAACCCGCUAAAAUUUUAAUUUUAGUAAAUGAAGGAAAAUACCGAUGGAAACAGGCUGAAAAAGGAAGGAAGGAUGGAAGUGUAUAUGUUUUCUUUAAUGCUGCAUCGUGAAAAUCAUCUACGAAGUGUGGUUGGGCUUGGGAGACCCAAUGUUUCACAGACUAAUAUCUCCUGCUUGAGUUUGUUGACUCCCUAUGAUGAAAAUGCAGUUCUGAUCACUAGAGUAGUUGUAAAUCAAUCUCUGCCAACAUUGGAAUGUUCUUAACGGUAUCUUCAUUCAUACGAGGAUUUUAUUUGAUAGCAAAAAUUAGUCUACGAAAAAAAAAACAAAUGAAAGAAACAAACACUAAAAGUGUGUGCAGUAGGUAUUGUACAAGCAGCAGCGGAUUUAUGCGUCAAAAAAGGAGAAAAGUGUGCAAACAUUUUUGUUGAAGUUAUAAAUUAACUCUAAAAGAAAAACGACUUUUUAUUAGCAUACAUGUAAAUACGAUGAUGGCAAUGUGAUUAUGGCAGUGCGUUUCAAUUGAGGUUAGUGAACGUAAAUGAGUGAACUUUUUAUUUAUAUUUAUGAUUUUUAAUUGAUGCAAUGGUCUUUUUUCCGAAAAAAUUGGUUGCCUUACUUCAGCACCUACUUACGAUUGUUUCAAAAUUUUAGUAUGGUGUUAACAAAUGCUUACAGAAUAUUGUUGCAUUCAUUGUGAAAAGAGGUUGUCACACAGUUUACACGUCGUACUUUUAAGGUAUCACAGUUGAAAAUUGGUAUCGUAUAUUCGUAGUAAACCUGCUUGGUGAACAUUUUUAAUUAUUUUUCCUAAAUGUGGUUGAAUACUAUUCACAUUCACAUGUCGAAAUGUUAUGAUUUUUCAUAUCGUUUACAUCGAACUCAAUUCAUUACUAUACCGAUUGAAGCGUUUGCCGCCGAAGUGGUGUAUGAAUUUCCAAACGAGAUAGGAAUAGACAGAAUGUUGAUUGUAAUUAAUAAAACUAAGCAAAACGAAAGGGAUAGUCUAAUAAAAUGAAAACUGUAUUUAUAUAUUAUAAAAAAUCUAACAAAUAAAAAUAAAUUGACAAUUUAAUACAAGUAGGUACAAUUCUCUACGUGAUAAUCAAAAGGAUCGAAGAUCGAGAUCAUAGUUGGCUCGAUUACGGUAUUUUGACUCAUCGGCGAUAAAAUUUCAGAUCAAUAUUCUUAGCAUCGUAUCGGACUGACAAUUACUACUAAAGAAUUCGAAGAACGACUGCCGUACUUCUAACUUUUGUCAUUGAUUACAAAAAAUUAAAGUUGCUUCGUAAUUUACUAUGUUAUUUCCAGUUACUUUAUUGCGUAUUGCUUAUCUUUCUUAUGUUUAUUUAACAAAUUCAUAGGAUGGAAAGCAUGAUUUUCUAACGAUAUCUAGCAGGGUACCGGAAACCUAGAAAACCCUGCCAAAUCAAGAAAUGCCAAGGAAUAUCAGGGAAAACUGAAAAACAAUCAGGGAAAUUUUUUUUAGCACAGACGUGAUUCUUUUUAAAAUGGCUCUUCAGGGCCAAAACGGAUUUUUAAAAGCUAAUGCGGUACCUUUACUGUUUGAUUUCAUAUACGAUCGAACACUUUUUCCACUUGCAUUUUAGAGUUGCAUCCAUCUACGUUGCGUGUGCUGAACGCCGAAAAAUAUCAGGGAAAUAAUGUUAUAUUUCAAAGAAUACCAGAAAUUUAAUUGUGAAAACUUUUCGCCACCCUGUCUGAAGAUUUUAUUAGAUUUUGAGAAAAAUCAUGUGCCAACAAUGAAUACCUAGUGAUUAAUCGAUAGAGAGAAAAAUUUCAAAUCAAAAGAUUUUAAUUCACGUUCAUAGUUUCUCGCAGACUUAAAGUUUUGUGGUAUUUAAUGCUGUUAUCGCAUCGAGAUCUAUAACAAUCGAGCAACAAUGUCGCUUUUAGGAGCUGAAAACAUUAAACUGUUGAAAAAACUGUUCAUAUCACCUAAUGCGGACAGCGACUCGGAAGAUGAUUCGCCCAAGGAAAACGUUAAACAUAUGGGUCCUGGGGACAUUGGAUCUGCCAAAACUUCGAAACGAUCAGAUGGAAACACCGAGAACUUGGUGGAACGAAACACAUACAAGCCAUUAGACGUUGAAACGUAUCAACCUAAAACCCUAGAAGAAUGGGAACACCAGCAAGAGCAGGAAGGUGAUGCACUGCUGGAAUCACGUCCUAGUCCAGAUUAUAGAAUUUCCUACAAACAAACUGUUUGCACCGAAGACCUGUAUCUACAGAUGAACGGCAAAACUCCGAGUACGGCGAGCUGUGAGAGCAUGGUUGUUGAGAUCUUUUUAGCAGGUGAAACAGUUGGCAUCCAACACAUUGACCUUUCAGUUCAAGAGCAGUGUGUUGUGGUAAAAUCGCCCAAAUACUUCCUAAAGCUCCAAUUGCCACACAGAGUUAACCCUGAUAAGGGUAACGCCGCUUGGUUUUUGGAAGACAAAACUCUCAAAUUGACACUCAAAAUGGAACGAGAUCUAGAUUUUGUCAACUUUUGAACGCCAUUAAUUCACGUUUAAGCUGUCUUUAAUAUGUAUUUAAAUAAAACUCGAAAUGC